CGGCUGCUGCGCGCCGUCACGAUGGAGGAGCUGGGGCUGCUGGGGGAGAAGGCGCAGGAUGAGGUGCCAGCGCUGGCCGCCCCCCGCCCGCCCGCCGGCCUCUCCUUCCUGGUGCCAGAACCUGAGGACCUGGAGGACCUCUACAGCCGCUACAAGAAGCUGCAGCAGGAGCUGGAGUUCCUGGAGGUGCAGGAGGAGUACAUCAAGGACGAGCAGAAGAACCUGAAGAAGGAGUUCCUCCACGCCCAGGAGGAGGUGAAGCGGAUCCAGAGCAUCCCCUUGGUCAUCGGGCAGUUCCUGGAGGCCGUCGACCAGAACACCGCCAUCGUGGGCUCCACCACCGGCUCCAACUACUACGUGCGGAUCCUGAGCACCAUCGACCGGGAGCUGCUGAAGCCCAACGCCUCGGUGGCCCUGCACAAGCACAGCAACGCGCUGGUGGACGUCCUCCCACCCGAGGCCGACAGCAGCAUCAUGAUGCUCACGUCAGACCAAAAGCCGGACGUGAUGUACGCCGACAUCGGGGGCAUGGACAUCCAGAAGCAGGAGGUGCGGGAGGCCGUGGAGCUGCCCCUCACCCACUUCGAGCUCUAUAAGCAGAUCGGCAGACCCCCACGGGGUGUCCUCAUGUACGGACCCCCCGGCUGCGGCAAGACCAUGUUGGCCAAGGCUGUGGCCCACCACACCACAGCCGCCUUCAUCCGGGUGGUGGGCUCGGAGUUCGUCCAGAAGUACCUGGGGGAGGGUCCCCGCAUGGUGCGCGACGUCUUCCGCCUGGCCAAGGAGAACGCCCCCGCCAUCAUCUUCAUCGACGAGAUCGACGCCAUCGCCACCAAGCGCUUCGACGCCCAGACCGGAGCCGACCGGGAGGUUCAGCGCAUCCUCCUGGAGCUCCUCAACCAGAUGGACGGCUUCGACCAGAACGUCAACGUCAAGGUGAUCAUGGCGACGAACCGGGCGGACACCCUGGACCCGGCGCUGCUGCGUCCCGGCCGCCUGGACCGGAAAAUCGAAUUCCCGUUGCCCGACCGACGGCAGAAACGUCUCAUCUUCUCCACCAUCACCGGCAAGAUGAACCUCUCCGAGGAGGUGGACCUCGAGGACUGUAUCUGGGGACACCGUCAAUGA